AUGAAUAGACAAUGGCUAGUAUAUCUAGAAGAAUGUGCAAAAUUGUUUUGUUAUGUUUGUAAACUUUUUAAAAGACAGCUCUGCCAAUCUGGUUUUGAUGAUUGGGUGCAUACUUCUAAACGUCUUGCUAAACACGAAAACUCUAUGGAACGUAAAAAUGCUCUAUGUACUUUAUCAAUUCGUGCAUCCACCCUGAAAAGAAUUGAUCAGGAAAUAGUAUUACAACACAAUAAAGAAGUCGAAUAUUGGAGAAAUGUUUUAAAAAGAGUUAUUGAAGGUAUCAAAUUUAUUUCAAUUCGAGGAUUGCCAUUUUUCGGUGAUGAUGAGAAACUGAAUUCUGAUCGUAAUGGCAAUUUUCUUGGUAUUUUAGAACUGAUAAGUAAAUUUGAUCCUUUCCUUGAAAAUCAUCUUUCUCAGUUUAGAAAUAAAGGCCCAGGAAAUAUAAAUUACAUAUCUUCACUUACUGUACGACAAAUAAUUGAUCAAAUGGCAUCUAAAGUUUUAAACCAUAUUGUGACAGAAAUUAAAAAAGUAAAAUAUUUUGGCCUUAUAGUUGACUCUACACCUGAUAUAGAACUGAUAUGUUGA